AAUAUUGCAAAGAGGCCCUUCCUUCCCCAAAUCAUACGCCCUUCUCUCUUUAACGAAAGAAACCAUGCGAGAGACAGAACAGUCGAAACUAGGGCAAGUCUUCAAGAAAUUGCCGGCGCCUGCUAAAGGAAGAAACUGGCCUGGGAAAAUAGGGGCGUCUGCUAAAGGAAGAAAUUAGCGUCUACUGAGUUCGCACCUAUCUGUCAAGCGAAAGGCCGGCCUCGUCGUAGAUUGAAGCAACUGCAUACCCCACUUUGUCCUCCACACAAGUUAGGAACACAAAUGUUUCAGCUAUUCCUACAUCCUUGCCGAGUAAUGAGCCACAAAAUCAAUUUAAGGAGACAUUUUUCAGAGAGGCUGCCUGACUUGGAAGAGACACUCAUGCAGUUCACAGCCCAAAUGCAGAAUCUAAUCAACAUGGCGGGUCAGCCGGCAGAAGCCCGACCUGAGGAGACCAAUAAGGAUGAUCAUGGGAGUGAGUCAGAUUGUGAUGCUAGGAAUAUGAUGGAUUAUACACUUCCGAAUGCUUUUGAAGUCCUGGCUCUCUUUGAACUUCAACAAAAAGAGAAUAGUCUCGAGUCUGUGUUCCAAGAAUUCAUGCAAUACGUGCUAAAGUUUCAAACGGUACGAGCUGAAACAAAUGGAGACACAGAUCAGUGUGAUUUUCAUAUAUAAACUCUCCGGCCGUUUGAUUUACCAUUAGUCUCAACCCCUGACGAGGACAUGGAGCAGAUCAGUAAUGACAUUGAUGAAGCCACUAAAGUAGGUUUGAGAAUUGAAGAUGAGUUGAGAGGAGAUAAUCACGAGAUAUGAGAGAGAGGUAGAGAGAAGAAUGAUGAUCAUAAUGAAGAAUUCCCGCUCCACAUGCAAGAUUACUCAUCUUUUACACAUGCAGCGA